UAUAAGGACACAAUUAAAGUAAGGAUAACUGGAGUAGCAACAGUUAUCCGGAGGUCCCAACAGCGCCCGGUGCCAGAGCGCGCCCUGCUGACGCAACCACGUCAGUGCUGUUCACUGCAUGGCCGUCAGCAAUGUCCCCAGAACGGCCCAGGGAGGGACCGAGGAAAGUCACUGAGCCAGCCUCACAUUGUGCCGCCGGGCCACCUGUUAAAAGAGCAGCCGCUGUCAUCGCCUUGGUUCCCCGUGAAGUAGCAUGCGGGACGGGAUCCGCUCGGAGCGCACUGCGUGGGACGAGCCCAAAGUGAAGUGAGAAGGAGCGGAGAGAGGCGCGCUUCCGCACCGCAUGUUGAGCCAGCAAGUUGCCUGACAGAACAAAAGUCGCGUCGACGGGGAAGGGGAGAGACGCUCUCGGAUUUAACAGAGCUUUCCAGGGACAAUUGUUUCGGCAAAAUGAAAUUCGCGGAGCAUCUUUCGUCCCAUAUCACCCCAGAGUGGAGGAAACAAUAUCUUCGCUAUGAGGCCUUCAAGGAAAUGCUGUACUCGGCCCAGGACCAAGCCCCAUCCAUAGAAGUCACAGAUGAAGACACGGUGAAGCGAUACUACGCUAAGUUUGAGGAGAGGUUUUUCCAGAACUGUGAGAAGGAGCUUCUGAAAAUCAACACGUUCUAUUCAGAAAAGCUCGCUGAAGCUCAGAGACGAUUUGCAACGCUGCAAAAUGAGCUGCAGUCAUCAAUGGAUGCCCAGCGAGAGCGCAACGCUCCGUCCGGCCUUCGCAAACGCAGGACAUUGUUCCACCUGACGCAGGAGGAGCGCUCCAAGAACCACAACAUCAUGGACCUGAAGCUAGCCUUCAGCGAGUUCUACCUCAGCCUCAUCCUGCUCCAGAACUACCAGAACCUGAACUUCACUGGUUUCCGUAAAAUCCUGAAAAAACACGACAAGAUCCUGGACACGACUCGUGGAGUCGAAUGGCGUCUGGCUCAUGUGGAUGUAGCUCCGUUUUACACCUGCAAGAAGAUUACUCAGCUCAUCACCGAGACAGAGACUCUGGUCACCACAGAGCUGGAGGAAGGAGAUCGUCAGAGGGCUAUGAAGAGGUUGAGAGUUCCUCCUCUGGGGGCAGCUCAGCCUGCUUUGGCCUGGACGACCUUCAGAGUGGGUCUCUUCUGUGGUUUCUUCAUCAUUCUGGUUGUCGCCUUUGUUCUCACUGGUGCUGUUUUCAUCCGCUACGAGAACAUUUGGCCUCUGGUGCGGAUCUAUCGUGGCGGCUUCCUGUUGAUCCAGUUCCUCUUCCUGCUGGGGAUUAACACCUACGGCUGGAGACAGAACGGAGUCAACCAUGUCCUCAUCUUUGAGAUUGACCCUCGAGAUAACUUGUCACACCAGCACCUGUUUGAGAUUGCUGGUUUCCUGGGUGUGUUAUGGUGUCUCAGCAUCCUCUCGUGUCUAUACUCAGAGUUCACCUACCUCCCCAUGCAGAUCAACCCUCUCAUUCUUUACGGCUUCAUGGUGCUCUUCCUCAUCAACCCAUUUAAAACCUGCUACUACAAAUCCCGCUUCUGGCUCAUCAAACUGCUGUUUCGUGUUUUCACUGCACCAUUUCACCGGGUGGAAUUUGCAGACUUCUGGCUGGCAGAUCAGCUCAACUCUCUGGUGGUUGUACUCAUGGACUUCGAGUAUCUCAUCUGCUUCUACAUCUUUGAGCUGCAGUGGAGCAACACCAAGGGGCUGCUUCCCCAAGAUUACAGUGGCCACGUCUGCAACAGCUACUGGUACGGCCUGCGCGCCAUCAUCCAGUGUCUGCCCGCCUGGCUUCGUUUCAUCCAAUGCUUGAGGCGUUACCGUGACACCAAAAGGGCCUUCCCACACCUGGUCAACGCCGGCAAAUACUCCACCACCUUCUUUGUUGUCACCUUCGCAGCUCUCUACGCCACCCACCAAGAACAAGGACACACGGACGCAGACAUGUUUCUGUACCUUCUGAUCGUGUUCUCCACCAUCAGCUCCCUCUACACUCUGACCUGGGAUCUGAUUAUGGACUGGGGUCUGUUUGAUCGUGGAGCUGGAGAAAACACUUUCCUGAGAGAAGAAAUCGUUUACCCGCACAAGGCCUACUACUACUUUGCCAUCGUGGAGGACGUGCUUCUGCGUUUUGCCUGGACGAUCCAGAUCUCGCUUUCUACAAUGACCAAGCCUCACUCUGUGGGCAACAUCGUGGCCACCAUCCUGGCUCCUCUGGAAGUCUUCAGGCGCUUCGUGUGGAACUUCUUCCGUCUUGAGAACGAGCAUCUGAAUAACUGCGGCGAGUUUCGAGCGGUGCGAGACAUCUCGGUGGCGCCGCUCAACGCCGACGACCAGACAGUGCUGGAGCAGAUGAUGGACCAGGAAGACGGCGUCAGGAACCGCUCAGGCAAGGCCUGGAAGAGGAACCACAGCUUGUCUAUACGACGCCCCCAGCUGUCCUCCUCACACUCAAAGAAGGACACAAAGGUGCUGAUUGAAGAUACGGAUGACGAGACCUUCAGCUGAGUCCGCUAUAUCAACACACACACACACACACUAUGCUAUACUUAUAAGGACCGCCUUUCUUUUCCUCUUUCAUAGUGUAACAUGUUGGUUUAAACAUCAGCGUAAUCGCUUAAAUGAAUAAGAAAGCUCCUCACCUUAACAGGAAUUACCUCAUCUUCAUAAUCUCUCAGUGUCUAGAGUUGGUCCUUAAAAGUAUAGAAAACACAAAGUACAAUCCAGAGACACACAAACGCGAAGAGAAACCCGCUGAAGCACAAGCAACUCGUCAUCUCGGUGCUGUUGAGGAGAGAGCCGACGCCACAUUCACACUGAUGUCAAAGAAACCUUCUUCACUUAACUUACAGAAAGCAGACCACACUGCCUGGGAUGAUUCACUGAAUGACUUCUUUACUAUCUGUUUGUUUUUUGCUUGUUUUUUUAUGUUGAGAUGUUUUGGGGUUUUGCUGAGUUUCUCUUCAGGACGCACUGCAGACGACUGUUCACACGCCUUUCUAACACCUCCAGGAUCAACAGGGAGAAGACGAAGCCAAUAAAAGACUAAAUCUAGGAAUCUAAGAACGGACUGAACACACGUGACACCAUAUCUAACAAAUCAACUGGUUUCAACUUGUUGAUUUUUUUUAUACUCCUUUUGUUGUGUGUUUUUUUUUUUUUCUUUAGCUGUAGUGAACGAUUCCAACCCUUGAAGCACUUGCAGGAAAAGUGCGUUUACAACAUAAAACGUGAAAAAGGUUCCUUGAGAAAUAUGAAAGAUGUUUCGAUUCAAACACUUAUCUUUGACGUUUCUUUGUUAUAUACGUGUAUUACUACUAUAGAUGUUUAUACUAAUCGACUGUUGAUGUUUUUUUAAUAGCGUUAAAUGUGCCACGUCUUUUCUUAGAAACACAAAGCCCUGAGGUACUCCCCGACUUAAUUAGAGGAUUUUAAAUCUCUGAUGUUAUCUUAAAGUGCUCUUUUACACUGACUUCAGCUAAGGUGCAUGCGUCGCAAUUAACACUGGUUACCAAAGUUUUCUUCCUUAUGAAUGUGAUUCAAAUGAGGAUAAAUCUGUUGUUCACGUCUGCCUGAUCGAGUCGAACGAUACCAGAGCCGGAGUUUCAUUUACCUGCUGCAAUCUGCUUCAUUUUGUAGUCAGCCUACGGCUUGUUGGAAACACGAGUGGACAUCUAAUCCUAUAAAAAGGUCUUUAUAUAGGUUCAUCUCAGUAAAUUACAAUAUCACAAGAAAGUUCAUUUAGUUCAGUAAUUCCCAAAAUUAAACUGAUGUAGAUUCAAACUCUGUUUGGUCCACAGCAAACAGAAGAGUGGACCAGCUAAUCUCCAGUAUUUACUGCAAAUACAGCUAAAAACAGAAACAAAAUCAUUUUCAUGCGCUGCGGUUUACUGUCCAGAGAUGAGUACGUUGUAUAGUUUUAGGACUGAAGUCUUUGUAACAGCUUAAAUUAGAGCUUCUUGCUGAAUUGGUUUCUGCUUGCAAACAAACAUUACUGGAAAUGUUUGUGCGUGCUUUGAUUUUUGUGCUCACAGCACCAGAGUGCUGAUGGAAACCAGGAUUUCUCUCUGCUGCCAGAUUAGUCCUUAUGUUGACUUUUGAAUAAAUUCAGAGGCUAAUCUGGCUUUUUUUUUUUUUUAGAGGGAAUGAAAUAUUUGCCAAUUGUCAGACUUCUAUUAUUCUGCGCUUCAUUUAUGUUUUUGAUCUUCAGUGUGGCCUCGCCUGUUUGACUUCAGGUGUUGUAGUUUCUUCAGAUAAAUGUGCUGAUGUCUGCUCUUAUUUCUCUGUUGGCUUUGCUCACACGUUUCCAGAAUCUCUAAGCGAGUUCCUUCUUCUAGUAAAGAGCCCUGGCUGUCCUAGAAAACACGACGCGUCUUUUUUUGUUGCUUACACUCCCAUCCGAUCAUAAUGUGAACUGGAAAGUUUAAAGGGUGGAAAACCUCUCUGUCCACAUUGAUAGUCUGCACAGACACCAACAGACAUUCGCACACACGCUGACAGCUCACAUUGUCUCUCUUGUCAGUUUUGUAUAAAGGUUAUGUCGUCUUGCCUGCAUGCUGCUCUUGUUUUUUGUACAGAGCUCUUAAUUUAUUCAACAUAGUGUUUAUAUUAGUAAUAUUUGCACACACCGACAAUGAUGAAUUUUUAUUUGUAGCCAUUUGUGCUCCUGGACAAGCAGUAUUUUUUAGGCAAAGAGGAGCUUUUUGUUGAUUGUAUGCAAUCCUGCACUCUUAUUUUGUUUUUCCUCUACCUGUGUAAAGCUGUUGAAACGUGUUUGUAAAAAGAAGAACUGAUGUUUCGCUGUUUCUUGUUGAUGGUUUCUUUAAAUUUAAAAGCCUCACGGCGGGGGUGGUGGGGGGCAGAUUCCUGAGGCUGUUAUGCUGUUUGUACAUUUGUGAAAGUGCAUGAAAACAUUUGUGACAUCUGUUGUUGGUGACUGUCCUGCAGACAGAAGCACUUUGACACAUUUCAGUUCAGCCCAGGAACAGACUGUGGUCCAAGCAGAAGUCAGUAAACUGAUCCCAGAUCAGUUUAGAUGACCUGUGUCUGUUCAUAGAUGCUGAAAACAGGGUUAUUUUGUACAGUUUCGUGUUUGAUGAGAUGAUGGUGAAAAACCCUGACAUCCCGUUUUCUGAUUUUGUUUUUUCUUUUCUUACCCACCGCUUGCAGAAACCUUCAUGGUGUAAAAGUGCUUAAAUGUGUGCACCCCUCACUCCCCGAUUGAUGUCGUUUGUACCUUUUCUCGGAACUAUUUGAACGUGCUAGUACCCGUAGUUUGGUAGAUGGAUGUUCUGCUUUGAUAACUUUUAAGAAAAACAAGAAACUAAAUGUGAUUUUAAGAGAAAAUGUCUGAACAUUUCUCCCCGAGUCGCUUUUACAGAGUAGUUUGUACAUGUUGAGUGUUUACCAAUGUUCUAUGAUGGUUUUUCUCAUGGUCUUUGUAUUUCUGUAAACACUUUGGUGAUCCUGUCAUAUCUGGGUUUUAUAAACCAUGAUUAUUUUUAAAACUCA